CUUUGUCCCAUUCCAAACUUCUCCUAUUUUCUGUCUUCUGUCUAUCUUUGUUUUAAACAGUUUGACAUCACAAUGCCAUCACCUCCAACUGAAUCGUAUGAAAAGAAAGAAGGAGCGAAUGAAGUGUCUUCAAGCACCAAUGAGCCUAAAAGCCCCGAGCCAGCUGAGCUAAAGAUUUUUUGUAUUGUUGAUGGAGAAGCAACAUCUUUUCCUGUAAAGAUUCUUUCCAAUAGUUCAGUAGGUGAACUCAAGCAAGCAAUCUAUCCCAAUAUUACUGUGGAUCCAAGCGUUAAGCCCAAGGACCUCACCCUCUAUAAAGUUUCCAUCCCUGACGAAGGCAAGACCGUCGUCGAGUCAGAAAUCGAGUCAAAAGAGGCUCUUACAGUCGCAUCAAGGGAGCUUGGGGACAUAUUCAACUCUGAACUUCCAAAGGAAACUAUCCAUGUUCUUGUCAAGCCACCACAGAAAGCUUUUUCCUUUAUUGUGAUACUGGCUCUUCCGCUGCUGCAUCAGGGCCGAUAACUGUCGAGAAUAUCAAAAGGAUUGUAAAUACUUUCCUAGCGCCUAAAUCGGAAGCAGCCAUCAAUCUUACCAAGUUUGUGAAAGGUCAUUCCGACUUUGAAUUGCCUCGUACGACUGGUAAUACCGCUGGGUUACCGAGGGUUUGGCUUCGAGGCGAGAAUAGGCCUGCCAACAAUCGGCCGAACCUACUAUUUCUGGAUUU